UCUGUCCAGAGAAAUGUCUAAUGAGAGUUCGAUUUGGGGAAAUCAAGCAUCUAUCGAUGAAAGCCAGAGUACAAUAGAAAACCCACGAAACCCUCAAAGGGACAACCAGCUAAGUUUCUCCCCGUUAGUUGCAACAGCCUCGACCAGCACUGCUGCUUUCGUUCAGACUCAUUCUUUAGCAGAACGAAGUCCUCCGAAUACGAGUAUGUCUCGGAAUCUCGUGCCCAAUAGAGGCUCAACUUCAAACAGUCAAGGAAUCGAACCCAUGGAAGAAGCUCAGCAGCCCUCAUUUUACACAGCGCAUAGCUCCAAUCUAAGCAUCACGAGGCAAAUGAGUCAAGGUGUGAGCCAGCACUUGCAAAACCCAUUUAACCCGAACCCAAGUGUCAUUACAGACGGAGAGAUCAAUCAUUUUUUGAGGCUCUCACAAGACUUGGCCGCACUGUAUAUGAACCAGGAAUUGAGUGACGUCACUUUUGUCGUUGGAGGCGAGAGGUUUGUGAGUCACCGAGUGAUCCUCGCUAGUCGCAGUGAUUAUUUCCGAGUGCUCCUCUUCGGAUCUUUUAAGGAGUCGCAAAGCUGUGUGGACGAAUUUGUGAUUGAAGAUACAACUGCGUUGGCGUUUGGUGCAUUGCUUAAGUACAUCUACACGGGAAAGUUGGCAAUAAGUGAAUAUUCAGAGCCUGAAGUGUUGGAAAUUCUAGGAUUGGCACACAAGUAUAGGUUCGAACUACUGGAGGAGUCGAUUGCGAGUUAUUUAAAAAUCUCACUUACUGUUGAGAAUGUUUGCCUUAUAUAUGACGACUCAUUGCUGUAUGGAUUGAAUACUUUGACCGCCAUUUGCAAAGAGUUUUUGGACCGAAAUGCCAGCGAAGUCAUGCAAAAUCGAACAUUUCUGAACUUGUCUCUCAACGCAAUUUGCGAGUUGAUUGAUCGUGAUUCUUUCUACGCUCCGGAGCUCGAAAUCUUCCAGGCUGUUCUCCAGUGGCAGAAUCACAAUUUGGCAAACAUGGAAACUUCCAGUGCCGAAAACAGAGAAGCUCAGAUUGAGAGGUCGAAACAAGUCAUAAACAAAGUUAGACUAACUUUGAUUAGUCUAAAAGAUUUACUCGAUAUUGUUAGGCCAAGCGGCCUUUUCACAGCAGAAGAAAUCCUGGAUUCCAUCAAGAUGCAGUCGGAAACAAAGGACAUCAACCGAAAAUACCGGGGGUGCAUUUUGCCGAAUGAGAACGUAUCCAUGAAUGAGAAAGGGGCCAGUGUAGUUUCGGGAGAAAUCAAAGACAGGCUCUUUGAUGGUUUAGAGAGCGGACAAUACGAGAAUGACUUGGGACACAGUCGUUACUUGCAAGAAGACAAAGAUGGCAUUACUGUGAAACUUGGCAAACAUUACAUAAUAAAUACAAUCAAAAUUCACCUCGGAGACAAGGACCACAGAGCUUCGUCUUAUUACGUGGAGGUCUCGGUCGACAAAAACGAGUGGGUUCGAGUGUGCGACUACUCCAACUACUCUUGUCGUUCCUGGCAGCUGAUUCACUUCGCUCCUCGAGUCAUCAUGUACAUCCGAGUUGUCGGGGUGCCGUACAACAGUCUGAAUCGGUCGUUCCAAGUAAACAGCCUUCGUUGUUUGUUUUCAACUUCUGUUCUGGAUAUGAACUCAGACGGGUUUGUGUGUCCAGUGGAAAAUGUAGCAUCUACGAAGCAAUUUGCAUCAGUGGCUGAAGGUGUGAGUCGUUCCAGAAAUGCCCUGAUUAAUGGCGACACCCAGAACUACGAUUGGGACAUGGGUUACACGUGCCACCAGUUGGGCUCUGGCUCUAUCAUUAUUCAGCUCUGCCAGCCGUUCUGUAUUUCAUCGAUGAGGAUGCUGCUUUGGGAUUGUGAUGCAAGAGCGUACAGUUACUUCAUCGAAGUUUCUAAUGACCAGAAGCAUUGGACGAGAAUUUGUGACCGAACGAAGGAAGAUUGCCGAGGAUGGCAGUACGCGGCAUUCGAUCCCGUCGUGGCCACGUACAUAAAGCUAGUCGGCUCACGAAACACAGCGAAUGAGGUGUUUCACGUGGUUCAUUUCGAGACACCUGCGUGUACAUUUUCAAGUGAAGAGGAAAAACGAAGUCUGCUGGCCGGAGAGAAUGAUUUCCUGAAUGUCGUGGCAAAUCCAAAUUUGUAAACUAUAUCAAAAUAGAACUAUUCAAAACAACUAUAAAUGGUUAUUUUCAUGAUAAUGAGAGUCUUAUCUUGCAGAUAACAAAAUUUUCUCAAAAUUAAUAAGAUAUCAUGUUUGUUA